CCCGAUCGGGCCGAAAACGCUAUUAGAUACAGCCGCGUAUCGUAUGUGCGCUGAACGACAGAAAUAGAGAGAAAAUGAUUUUGUCGAGGGCCAAACCGGCCUCGUCAGAAGGCGUUCGAACGUCAGUCUCGCGCAAGGAGAUACCGAAGCUGGAGGAGUUUUUGGAAAAACGAGACUACACGGGCGCCUUGACGUUAUUGGAAUUCAAUAGUACCACCGGCAACAAUUUGGAAAUGGACUUGUGGAUGGGAUAUUGCGCAUUUCACUUAGGCGAUUACAAACGUGCAGCAACUAUCUAUGAAAACUUGAGGGACAAGGAUUACGCAUCUCCGAACAUUCUAACGAAUCUAGCGUGCUGCUACUUCUAUUUAGGCAUGUACUCUGAGUCACAAAAGAUCCUGGAAGAAGCAGAAAAUAGUAAACUGCAAAUCAGAUUACUGUUUCACCUGGCCCACAAGAUGGGCAAUGAAUCCAAGUUAAUGAAAUACCAUCAAAUGCUGCAAGAUAUUAUCGAGGAUCAGCUCAGUCUAGCGUCUAUUCAUUACUUGCAAGCUCACUAUCAAGAAGCUAUUGAUGUCUAUAAAAAAAUUUUAUUGGAUAACAGUUUAGAGAAAAGCACCAAAAGAUGCAACUCUAGAGCAGAUUCUGGGUUGUAUUUUCUUAUCCAACUGCAAAAUAAUUCCAGAGAUUAUCUAGCUUUAAAUGUAUAUGUAGCUUUAUGCUAUUACAAGCUAGAUUACUAUGAUGUAGCUCAAGAAGUGCUUCAAGUUUACCUGCAGAAAUAUCCAGAUAGUACAAUCGCAAUUAAUUUGAAAGCAUGUAAUCAUUUUCGCUUGUAUGAUGGAAAUGCUGCACAGGUUGAGAUGAAGCAACUCAUUGAAAAAAUAUCAAGUUCCUUCAGUUCUAGCCAUGAUCUUAUACGACAUAAUACAGUUGUCUUUAGAGGUGGUGAAAACGCUUUGCAAAUUUUACCCAAUUUGGUAGACGUUAUACCAGAAGCCAGGCUUAACUUAGUAAUAUAUUAUUUGAAACAAGAUGACAUCAAGGCAGCCUAUGAUCUGAUCAAAGAUCUGGAACCAGCAGUUCCACAAGAAUAUAUCUUAAAGGGUAUAGUUAACGCUGUUGUGGGUCAGGAAACUAGUUCUCGCGAUAGUAUAAAAACUGCACAGCAAUACUUUCAACUAGUGGGUUCUUCAGCAUCGGAGUGUGAUACCAUACCUGGUAGACAAUGCAUGGCCUCCUUCUUCUUCCUUUACCGACAAUUCGAACGCGUCAGAUUAUAUCUGAAUUCGAUAAAAACGUAUUUCUCUAAUCAAGAUAAUUUUAAUUUUAACUACGCUCAAGCACAAGCUGGGGCGGGCUACUUCAAAGAAGCAGUGGAAGCUUUUCUGAUGAUACGUAAUGAAAAAUAUAAAAAUGAUUACAUUUACAUCAGUCUUUUAUCAUAUUGCUACAUAAUGAAUGAAAAGGCCGAAUUGGCUUGGGAACUGUAUUUGAAGAUGGACACAUCAGCGGAGUCUUUCAAUUUGCUUCAAUUGAUUGCUAACGCGUGUUACAAAGUAGGCGAAUUCUGGUAUGCUGCUAAAGCCUUCGAUAUGUUAGAGCGAAUGGAUCCGAGUCCUGAACAUUGGGAAGGAAAGCGUGGCGCAUGCUGUGGUACUUUUCAGUAUAUUAUUGCGGAGAAGUUACCAAAAGAACUGCUAUCGGAAGUGAUACAGAUUCUGAAAAAUACAUCCAAUUCUCAAGUGGAACAGAUAAUACGCGUUAUGCGGAAAUGGGGCAAGGAAAACAGAGUGAACUGCUAAUAUCACUGAAUUUCGUAACAUUGUUAAUAUCAUCAAUUCCGUCCAAUA